UGAGCUCGGGUGUGGGACAUGCUGGCCGUUAGUGGGAGAUGGUGGGGGGGGUUGAAAACCGAGCUGGGAGCCCAGUGAGAACGCCUUCUCACCUGGGGGGUCGCUGGUAAUCUGUUACUGGUCACUGGUGCGCGUCUCUCGCGCUUUGCGCACAUGAGCGUUUGCGCGCAUCCUCCAAACGGACCAUGAGGAGGACGCGCAAAUCCAGGACCCUUCUGUCCGUGGGCUUGAACUUCCUGGCCCUGUUUUUCGCCAUCACCGCGUUCAUCACGACCUACUGGUGCGUGGGGACCCAGAGGGUGCCCAAACCCAAGUGCAGCAAGCUGCGGACCCACAACUGCAUCGACUACGGGGUCAACGAGACGGACCCCAACAAAGUGGUCUACAGCUGGGAGACCGGGGACGACCGGUUCCUGUUCCGCCAGUUCCACACCGGCAUCUGGUCCUCCUGCGAGGAAAACAUCCACGAUGAAAGUGAGAGAUGCCGAAGUUUCAUAGAUUUGGCCCCAGCAUCAGAGAAAGGGAUGUUGUGGCUGUCUCUGGUUUCUGAGAUGCUGUACAUCGUUCUGCUGCUGGUGGGCUUCAGCCUCAUGUGUAUGGAGUUGGUUCGCUCCAGCAACGUCAUCGACGGUCUGAAGCUUAAUGCCUUUGCUGCUGUCUUCACUGUGCUCUCAGGUCUUCUUGGCAUGGUGGCUCACGUGAUGUACACCCAGGUCUUCCAAGUCACGGUCAGCCUGGGCCCGCCCGACUGGAGGCCCUACAACUGGGACUACGGCUGGUCUUUCUGCAUGGCGUGGGCGUCCUUCACCUGCUGUAUGGGCGCUUCGGUCACCACCCUCAACUCCUACACAAAGACCGUCAUCGAGUUCAGACACAAGCGCAAGACCUUCGAGCAGACCAUCCGGGAGGAGCACGCCCGGGAGGCUUACGGAUAUUUCCGGGAUCGCUCUUUGCACUCCAUCUCUAAAUCUUUGGACGCCUACUCCAGCAAGUCCUUAAAAUCUGGACGGAAGACUCCCAUACCCGCCGACUCUUUGGACCUGAGCGACUUUGCGGGAUCUUUGGGGGAAGAGCAGUGCUGAGGGGGUCCCAAAAGUUUCUCUCGGAGCUUCAUUUUGAUGGCCGGAGAUGCUUUUUAUCCCGUCCAUGCAUGUGGAUUCUGGGCCACACCGUUAGCUCCAUCUGAUUUAAACACUGCCUUAACCGAAACGUUUCCUGGAGCUUCGAGGCAAAAUGAGCUAAAUGUGGGAAAUGCAGCUGAAAAACUGGCAAAAAUGAACAUUCAAUGAAGUGAAAUGUAUCUCUUUGUGUAACCCACCGCAGUUUAGAAUUAAAGAAUAUGUUGAGUAUACCCAAAUAAACAGAGUGGAGUUUAGUCGUAUUUGCCCCAACGUUGACAUGCAAAGCAGGAUUAAAAUGAUGACGUCUGGCUCCUGUAAACUGUUUUGCUAAACACAUCAAUUCAGACUAAAUAUACACGAACCCAAGCUAUUUACACAUGCACUGAUGCUGGGAUUAUGAUUUAUUUAAUCAUGAAAAAGGAAUAUUUAAUAGUCAAAAAUAACAUUUAAGUUUACUUCAGAAGUGAUAUGACUUCAGGUCUCUUUAAAAUGAAAAAAAUAACUUCUCUAAAAUGUAAAAGUCAGGUUUCAGGCCAUAACUCUUGUUCCAGCCAAGUGUUUUAAUAAUUUUCUUAUUAAUUAAUUUAUAAUUGUGCAGUUAACGUCGGCUGCAGUAAUCACAGGACAAAUAUUUCCCAGACGAUGCACUUGUGGAUUAUCGCCCGCGGCUCUCCUGUAAGAUUACUUUCUCCGUGAUUGGAUUGGAUGAGGAUCAGGGACACCCUGGUUUGGCCACCAGUCAAUUACGGGGCAAAUUUUGAGACACGACAUACCUGGCAUGCAUGAUGUUUGUUGGUAAGAAGAAGGUGGAGUUCCCUGAGAGAACCCUUACAUUUCCUCUCCACGCUGUGUUAUCUGAGCAUGAUUUAUUUUGAUCUAUUUACAAUUCACAUAAUUUACAUAUCAGUGAGGUUUGUAUUUCCACGGUUCGAUGAUUUUGUGGUUCUUUGUGUUCUAAGCUAUUUAUGAGAAUAUUUUAUGAACAUUUAAACAACAUAUGAGCCUCUUUAAUUAAUUUGAUUGCUAGACUUUUGGCAAAAAUUCCUUCCAACCUACAAAGGUUUCUAAUUUGCUGAGAGCAAAUAGUAACAAUGUUGUCUGUCCAUCAACUUUGAUAUUGUUGUCUUUUUCUAGGAAAGAACUUAACCUGACAGCUGAUAUUCUAAUAUUCAUCCAUCUAUUAUCAUUACCGCUUAUUCCUUAAUGGGGUCGCGGGUCACCCCUGGACGGUCAGCCAGUCCAUUGCAGGGCUGAUAUUCUAAUAUUGU